AGGCUCGUGAUAUCUUCUCCGACGCCGCUGAAGCGUACGGUGAGAUCGAGGGUAUUCUCGGGAAGUUCGAGCACUGGCGGGAUCAUGAUAUGCCCGCGUACCGGGAUGCCUACGUUAGUUUGUGUCUACCGAAAAUCGUUGGACCGCUGAUCCGGUUACAGCACAUCACCUGGAAUCCGCUGGUUCCGGCGUUGGACUCCAGUGCUGGUGGGGGCGGCGGUGGCGGUAGUGGCGCUGUGUCCGACUUCGAACAUGAAGAGUGGUUCCGUGCGGUUACCCUGUACGGCUGUCGAUCGGACAGUGCUAGUGAAGCCGAUCUGACCGAUGAUCCCGACGUACGGCUGCUGCCAACGAUCGUCGAGAAGAUCUUCCUGCCCAAGCUGACGGCCCUGUGCGAACAGUACUGGGAUCCGCUGUCGACAACACAAACGCUCCGCUUGGUGCGCCUACUGAAGCGCCUCGUUCGGGAUUAUCCGUCGCUCCGUCUCACCUGCAAACCACUGCGCGCCCUUUUCCAGACGAUACUGGACAAGCUGAAGCAGUCCGUUGACAACGAUGUCUUCAUUCCGAUCUUCCCCAAACAAGCCCAGGAAGCCAAAUCGUCCUUCUUCCAGCGUCAGUUCUGCAGCGGAUUGAAGCUGUUCCGUAACAUCACCAGCUGGCAGGGUAUACUGGCCGACGGUGCGCUCAAGGAGCUCGCCAUCGGUUCGCUGCUGAAUCGCUACCUGCUGAACGGUAUGCGCGUCUGCACGGCACCGGACGCCAUCGGGAAGGCGUCCACCAUCGUCUAUACGUUGCCGCGCGUCUGGCUUACGGCCGGUUCACCGGUCGUGCAGAGCAUGGACCAGUUCGUGACCAUGCUACGACACCUGGAAUCUCAGCUCGAACCGGCGGCAGCGAUGAAUGGGGAACUGAUCGAGCAAAUACGAAAGAUAUUGAGCAGCUUGCACGUACUGUCGGCGUAGAGUGUGUGACUGCGCCGAAACACUCCCCGACCCUCCCUCUCCAGAUCCCGUUUUCGACAUUUUUCCAGCGUUUUUAAUGAAUCGUCGUUUGUAUGCCAAUGUAAUAAAAAAAAUCCCUUCGCGCGAGCAAUAAAUGCAUAAAGAAGCA